GAUCUCAAUGCUCUGCGGUUCCCAUACGUAUCUGUGAUGUCGGAUGCUUCGCCAAAGGCGAAACUGGUGUGGAUGGCUAUCGUGUCCAUCGGGGCCAAGGCUUCUCUGGGUACUCUUCAGAGGCUCUCCCAGUUGCUGCCAUCUUCGGCAAGCCCAGACCAGAAGCUAGAAGCAGCUGCGCUGGCUGCAGACAGCUUGACGCAAGGGAUUGUCGCUGAUACAAAGAAGGGCGAUCAGAAGAAGAAAUUGCAGCUCGCAUGCCGAAGNNCGAAGCAGGAGCUGAAAGCUGUGCGGCACGUACUUGAGGUGGCUGGCAUAGAGCUGGAUGACAUAUUUCCAGCCCGUCCUCUACGACCUGUUGAUCCUGCAAAAGAGCAACGGCUCUUCCACACACUGGACGGGAAAAGGAUGGCCUACAUUGCCAGCAAAGAGGACAACACGGCACGCUGGGACACAAUUGGGCCGUCGAAGCACCUGAGGCUUGUGUUGUCGCCUGAUGAGGGAGGCCCCUUGUUUUGCGGAUUUCAAUGGUUGGCCUACCACAACGGGUGCGUGGCCUUGAACCGUGCACAAGCUGCACGCGUUCUGUGGACGGGUGCUGUCAUGCAGUCCCAUGGUGAAGCGCAGCCUGUCUUCGGCUGCACAACGCUGUGCGGUUGGCUGUUCCGGGCGAAGAAAGCAUCUGCCAAGGACGUGCUCAUGGAGCUGUUCGCGAAGGACAUUCUGAGGGAGCAGCUUGUCUUUAGCUAUUUCGAAGUGCUGAAGUAG